AGACAGUUCACAGAGUCAUUAUUUUGAUCUUGGCAAAACUAACCAGUUCUGUCAACUAAAUCUUGAAAAUCUUUAAAACUAGACUUAAGAAACUAAAGGAAGUGUGUUAGUUGUUUGGGUUUUUUUUUAAGAUGCCUGAAACGAACUUGUCGGAGACAACUGGGGACACAACCACGGAGGAAAAAUCUAAAAGUGAAACCGCUAAAAAUGGAACUACAAAUGAAAUUAUUCUCUACUACUUUCCAACGUCAUAUUCAUCUCAAAAGGUUUAUGUUUAGCCUUAGUAGUUACUAGAAGCCCUUAGCCUUAGGUCUUUUCUUUUAUUUGAUUUUUGCAGUAUAAAUUAAUUCAUCAUUGUAAUUGUCUUAAGGUGAACGUGAAGAGAUAGCACCACAUUUUUUUAUCGGAACCAGGGUGCUAUCUCUUCACAUUAGUAUUAAAGUUCACGGGCCAUGGCAACCAAGAAGGCGACCAUGGCACCUAUUAUCUGCAUUUACCCGAAAUUUAAAUAAAAGUUAUAUAAGAUGGCAAAAGUUUUGUUUUAUAUUUUGUACUAAAGUCACUUGUACUUGUAGGCUUACUUUUUAAAACAAAUUUACGAUGAUACAAAUAGAAAUAGUAGAUUAGAGAGUGUCUAAGUUUAUAUGAUGAAUGCUCUAUCACUAUCCUCAGCGGGGUGGGGGGGGGGGCUAUAAUUUUUCUUUAUGUAGAGUCUGAGUAGAGGGGGUGCUUUUUUGGCCAACAGCAGAGUUUUUUUCAUGAAAAUGAAAGUGGGGCGACAAACAUUGGUGGCACUCAUCCUAGCUAUUUACACCACUGUCUAUCCAGGAACAUGAUACAUAAAUGACUGUACUAUAGGCUAGUAUGAAGAAAUUACUUAAUAAAAUUAGAAUUAAAGUAACUUAAAGUUUAAGUGGCAGCAAAGUUAUAUUUAAUAAUUAAUGUACCCAUCCCAUAUUUUCAGGUUUUAAUAAGCUUUUUUGAAAAGGAGUUGAAAUUCAAACCAUGCAUUGUGAGUCUAUUUCAUGGACAGCAUAUGGAGCCAUGGUACAUUAGACUUAAUCCAAAUGGUGUUCAUGUACCUGUACUUGUGCAUGGGGACCAGGUGAUAAAUGAUCCUGAUAAGAUUAUUGAGUAUGUCAACACGCUUCGGGGUAUGUCAAAUAAUAUUUAAGUUAUAGGUUGUUGAUUAUUUUUUCAAGAAAUGGAUUUUGAAUAAUAUGUAAUGGAGUAAUCAUUAAUUUAAAGAGUAAUUAAUUAAAUUAUAAAAUGAUCCUUUUAAAAUACCGUAGCAAAAAAUGUUAUAAUAAAAUAUUUUUCAGCAACAAAUGGACCCAAUUUACUCCCCUGUAAGUCAACUCUAGUGGGAAAACAAGUGGCAAAGUUUCAAGAAAGUUUAGAAAAAAUUCCUGUGGAUGUAAUAUCUUAUGGCAUCAUAUUCCAUCCUCAAUUGUCCGACAGUGGUUGCCAACUCCCAGUGGCCAUACAAAGAAGCAUGAGAGGCAAGAUUAUAUGAUGUGAAUUCAACUAGAAAUUAAAACCACCAUUGUCUUCAUAAAUUUAUUGUAAUAUGUCCUUAAAAAUAAUACAUAGUUCUACAAGAGCUCUGUAUAAGAUUAUUUUAAACAGACAAGCCUUGAUGAUAUUACAUUAUCCAUCAUAUCUAAUUGAAACUAAUGUUCUUAUUUUAGAAAAUUUUGCCAAAAGACUGAGGUAUCUCAUCACUUUGUCAACCGUGUAUCCAGACUUAAGAGAUUGCUAUCUUGCUAAGAGUCAGACAGCUGCUGAAAAAUAUGACUUGAUCACAGAUGAAGAAAGGGUCAGAGGUCACAUUGAGCAGCUUAGCAAUUUUUUAACCAAUGUUGAAGGAGAGCUCAGACAGCGAUACUCUCUAGAUCAUGGAGGUAAACAUAUAUUUUUGUAUUUUAAACAUUUAUGUUGCAUUUAUUUCUAAAUUAUAAAAAAUAAUAAGUUUUCCAUUUUAUGAUUUUUAUUAACAUAUCCUUCUUAGAGCCUGGCAAUCAAGAGUCUAUGUAUCUGUUUGGGGAUUCUCUUACGGUUGCUGACAUAGGACUGUAUGUGCUCAUCACUCGAUUGCAACUUUUGGGCCUGCUGCCACACUGUAUGCCGUCAUCCAGGUUUCCCCUAACACACAGGCACUACACACUUCUCUCUGCCCGGCCAUCCAUCAAUCUGUUGUUGCAAGACAUGUCCAAACUCAGAUACACACUGCUGCUGGAAGACAUAAAAGCCUCAGGGACUUAUGUAGCUCUAGCUCUGGGGGCCGGCCUUGUUGUGAUGGCAGCCUACUAUUUGAUCAAAAAGCUCAAAUCGUAAUGUUAAGUUGUGCUAUAAAUAUUUUUUUUUAAAACCAUAUUCAUGUUUAUAAAUGUAUCCAGAGAAAGAAGGCUAUUGAUGUAUGUGUUCACGUACGGAGGGUUUAAUUGAAUGUGAUGUGACCUGAUGUGUUCUCUGGAUUCUGUUCGGUUGACCUUUUUGAGGAAAGUGUCUUGUUAUAGAAAUAUGGAUCCAACUAUGAUUUCUGAAUGUAGUGUAAAUAUUUGAACAAUGUCUAUGGACAAUCCCCUCCCCUAGAAUGUAUAAUGAGUUCACUUAUUUGCCAGUUUCCCAACAUUGGUGUCAGGCAGUACCAGCAGUUUAAUCUUGUGAAAUGUGUCAUCCUUAAUAAAGUGCCUUGACAGAACUACAAACCUGUUUACCCUCAAAGUCUUAAAAUCUUACAAUAUCAUCACAAAAUCGUUCAAUACAUUAUAUUAAUAGUAAAAUAAUAAACAUACAGUAUAUAUAAUCAUAAUGAACGCACCUCAAAAUCAUACAUUGUACGCCAAAAUCGUAAGAGUAAACAAGUCUGGAAUUAACCCAAGAAAUCUUUUCUGUAUCACAGAUCAUCCGCUUCCUAAUCUAGACACAGUAUGAAUAGACUCUCUCACAAUAACUUCCAAUACAUUUUCUAAUUUAUACCAAAUUGGAUUUCUGUAUUUAAUCUCAGCAAAUACUUGUUUAAAAUUGAAUUUUUCUGUGGCAUUGUCCUGUGAGUUGUUCAUUUUCAUUCAUUUAAGUGUUAUUAUUUUCUACCUGAAAGCAAAUAAAUGUAAACCUUGACACAUGGAUUGAGUGAUUAACACUAUUUCUAGCUUGUGAUAAAAUUUCAUACCUUUUUCAUGAUCUUUGCAUAUUGUAUUUGACAUUAUAAUCCCAACUGUAACCUGAAGAGGUAAUGAAUGUAACUAUUGUAACUUUAUCUUAGAAUCCAUGUCCUAAACUUCUGAUGAAUGGGAGAUGUGCAAUAUUGGAUGAUCCUACAAUUUUUUAUUCGACCACUUCUAAAACAAUAGGAUUUAAGGUGGUGACCUCUAUAUUUGUAAGAAAAUUCUUGAUAGUAGAUGAAGAUAUAAAGUGAGGAAGCUGAAUAUAUAGUGAUGCAGAUAUGAUAUAAAGUGAGGCAUAUUAUAUAAAGUGAGGCAGAUGCAGAUAUUUGUUUGGUCUAAAACAAUGUAGACUUCAUCAUUGACAUUUAAUUAUAGUUACUUUAAAUAAUAAAUAGUUCCUUCUGUGUGUUUGUAUGUUAAUUGUGAGUAUGCUAAACUAUUGUACAGUUUUUUUUAACUGUGUGGUCCUCUUACAAGGGGCAGUGGCUUUUAUCAAUAUCAGUAAUUCAAAAUUUCUACUAAGCUUGGCUCACUUAAUUAUGAUUAUUAAAAAAAAAUUUAAGGAAUUGAAAAUUCAUGAUUCCACUUCAGUGCUUUGUUGUGUGACACUUGAUAUCGGUACAAAACUAUUUGUUGAUGACAUUUUUCCUGCUCCUAAUGUUUGUGGACAAGUGCUCAGUUGUAUUAUUGAUUGAUUGAUUUACUUCUAUUGAUGAAAUGAUCUAAAGGCAACACACACAAAUAAUUUUGUAUUUAAACAUUGAAUUUUUAAGAAAUGAAAUAUAGUGGGUGGGGGGGUUCCUAGAUGAUGAUUCCCAAAUUCUUGAAUGUUGAAAUAAAUUGAGUUGAAAAAUUAGUUCACGGGCCAAAAAGUUUGGAAGUAUUAUAAUUAUUUACAUGUAUUGCUUUACUUUAAUUUAAGCACCUUUUGCCAGAAUAAUUUAUGUAUGAAUGUUAUUUCACAAUUAUUCCAGUUACGGCUCAUAAAUAUGCAAUUCCUAACUAAAUCUACAAAUAUGGAAAUUAACUAAUUUAGUCUAGUCUGUAUUUAUUUAUACAAAAAAAGUUAUGUUUAGCCUUUUUAAAAGGACAAUGAAAUAAACAUUUGAGUGUGAUUUGUUAUAUCACUAUUUUCACAAUUAACCUUGUAACACAUUUCCAAUCCAGCAUUUGAUAUAAUUGUCAGCUCAAGCUGUUGUUGUGUUUUAUUUUUUUCACCUAGAAAUAAAAAAAAAGAGUGUAAUACACUAGUGUUUUGUUUUCAC